AUGAUUUAUCAUCUCAUCUUUCUCCCUCCUCUCCCCUCCAUCCACCCACUUCUCCAUCCAACCAAACAUACCUAGUGUAACUGUAAUAAGGAGAAAAUAAUUUCCCUUUAUAUAUUAUUGUAAGAAUUAAUAAAAGUUCCAAAACUAAAACCAAACAAUAAAUUCGUAUUUCCCUAUCCUGGAUAACCCUAAACCCCUUUUGCUAGUGGUGAGGAGUCUGAGAGUCUCAAUUGCUCGACCUCUUUAUCUCGCCUAGCAGUCGCCAAACAGAAACAUAAUUUUGAAAAAAAAAACCACGUUAUUUCUCAACUGUUUUGCAUUCCAGGUGAAUCAGAAGAAGAUUGAGGCAAUGGAGAAUGGCUAUUGUGGAAAUAAUGGCGAGAGUUUGAGAGCUAAUUGGACUCCAUCUCAGGACACCUAUUUCAUUAGUCUUUUGAUGGAAGAAGUCAGAAAAGGAAACAAGACUGCUCAUGGGUUUAGGAAACAAUCAUGGGCUGGCAUGAUUGUGCUGUUCAAUUCAAAAUUUGGGUUUCAUUAUGAUACAGAUGUUCUCAGGAACCGAUACAAAAGAUUCAGGAAACAAUAUAAUGAGAUGAAGAGUCUUGUUAAUCAAACUGGGUUUAAGUGGGAUGAUUUAAUGCAUAUGGUAAUAGCUGAUGAUAAGGAAUGGAGUGAAUACAUCAAGGCGAACCCGGAAAUGCAACCAUACAGAAUGAGAGUUGUGCCAUAUUAUAAUGAGUUGUGUAUAAUAUGUGGGCAUGCUGUUGCUGAUGGAAGAUACAGUCUUUCUUGUUUCGAUUUGGACUUUGAAAAUGAAGGGUUGGAAGCUGUAAACUACACAAAGGAUGAUCCUAAAAGAAUUGAUUGGUCAGAGUCUAUGGGGCAGUUUUUCACUGAACUAUUGUUGGAGCAAGUCCACAAGGGGAACAAAAUUGGACGAGUCUUUAAGAAGAAAUCAUGGGUUUGCAUGAUCUCAUCGUUCAAUGCCAAAUUUGGGGUCCAGUACAGUAGAUAUGUAUUGAAAAAUCGUUACAAUAUUCUUAGGAGACAUUACAGUAACAUACAGACUCUGCUUGGCCAAAAAGGGUUUAACUGGGAUAAAGCACAGAAGAAGGUGGUAGCUGAUGAUGUGAUCUGGGAUCAUUAUGUGAAGGAACAUCCCAACUUUCAAAUGUACAGAAACAAAGCAAUGCCAUGUUAUACUGACAUGUGUGCCAUAUGUCGAAACGAGGCUACUUUAAGAAAAGACCGAAAAGAUCCAUCAAGUUGCAGCACACCAAUUUUCAAGAAGGAAGCCACUGAAAAGAAAGAAAGUGGGGAUCCUAUGCCUACUAUGAACAAUAUUGGUGCACAUGAAAAGAAAAGGGGUCAGCUUGAGAUUACACCAACUUCACAACCAUAUGAAAUAGAACAAAGAAUAGAUGAUAAUGAUGUUGGAGAUGCUUUUGUCGAGAUGGCAGCUGCAGUUUCAUCUUUCACAAAGAAACAGAAGGAAGAGAAAUCUGUGUCAAUAGAACAUGUAAUCGGCGUUCUGCAGUCUAUUCCGGACGUAGACGAUGAUUUACUACUGGAUGCUUGUGACUUAUUGGAAGAUGAGAAAAGAGCCAGGAUUUUUUUAGCUUUGGAUUCAACCCUGAGAAAGAAGUGGUUGAUUAGGAAACUUCGUCCACAGUAAUAGUAUCUCCACCAUUGCUAACAGUCAGAAAAAUUUAUGUAUAGGAGCAUCAGGUCUUUCCAAUUGUUUUAUUCUUAGGCGCCAUUAGCCUCAUAUGAAUAAACAUCACUUUAUAUGCUAUUAAAAUUCAGAUCUAACUAGAAUAUAUUUAUUCCCAUGUAACUGUAUUUGUAAACCAGUUUGCUGGCUUUAUGUCUAUAUUGUCUUAUUGUUUUGGCCAAA